CGCAAACUGUAUGGGUAAUGAUGAAUGUCCAUUGACAUUAGAUGAUGCUGGCGGCGUUUUAGGACAUGCAUACUUUCCUGACUCUAGCGGCACCUGUAGAGAAAUCCAUUUAGAUAUAAAUGAACGCUGGUAUUUUGGAAAUAAUCCUAAUAUACCCAAAAAUCAAACUAGUUUUCUUAUGGUGUUGGUUCAUGAAAUUGGACAUGCCCUCGGCAUAGCACAUAGUGCUUCUCCGAAUGCUAUUAUGUUUGCCUUCUAUCAGCAUGAGAUUCGUGGUCUAGAUGUUGAUGAUAUAAAUGCAGUACAAUAUCUAUAUGGAAGAAAAAACAAAUAUGAUUCAAUCCCAACGUCUACCACCGCAUCAGCAAUACCAAAAACAACAACAACUAUAAGAUCUACAACUCUUUCAUCCGAUCCUCGGAUUUCCUUAGAUUACCCACAAAUCGUCUCCAACUGGGACAGAAAAUCUCGUCCGUAA